UUUAUUUCUCUUCUCUUUCACUCUCACUCACGCACGGCCCCCUUUCUUCUCAGCAGAGCCGCCUUCACCACCAGCUCAGCUCUUCUUCUCGCCUCGCCUCUCUCACACCACCAGCCCCCCUUCUCUCUCACGCACGGUCAAGAGAAGAAAGACCCACCCGCCCACCACAUCCUCGGAGCACGCCAGCCGCACAGGGAGCACGCCAGCCGCCACAGCGCCACCACCAGCCAGCCUCGUCUCCUCCCUUCGCCGCCACAGCGCCACCACAGGCUGGUUAGGUAUAAUGGCUUCCGAAGUACCACCUCAAGUCCCAGCAGAAGCUCUUCAAUCCCUUUCAGUCUCUGAAUCCCAACCACCGGAGGAACCGGCUAGCUCCUCUAAUCCAAUUGAUCCUGUUUUGGAGGAGAGGUACCGAAUUGUUAGAAGUGUUGGAGAGGAGUGCAUUCAAGAGGAUGAGCUCCGGAAUUUAUUAGCAAAGAAGCCUGAGCCUAUCUGCUAUGAUGGGUUUGAGCCGUCUGGUAGAAUGCACAUUGCUCAGGGUGUUUUGAAGACGAUAAGUGUGAACAAGCUUACCUCUGCUGGGUGCAAAGUGAAAAUCUGGAUCGCGGAUUGGUUUGCACAGCUUAACAAUAAAAUGGGGGGUGACUUGAAAAAAAUUGAGACUGUUGGCCGCUACUUAAUUGAGAUAUGGAAAGCUGUUGGUAUGGAUCAAGAAGGAGGCAAAGUGGAGUUCUUAUGGUCAUCAAAGGAGAUUAAUGCAAGAGCACAUGAGUAUUGGCCUAUUGUAAUGGAUAUAGCUCGCAGGAAUAAACUUCCAAGGAUAAUCAGGUGUAGUCAAAUUAUGGGACGAAGUGAGCAAGAUGAGUUGACUGCAGCCCAAAUUCUCUACCCAUGCAUGCAAUGUGCUGAUAUAUUCUUCUUGAAGGCUGACAUUUGCCAGUUAGGAAUGGAUCAGCGAAAAGUUAAUGUACUUGCAAGAGAGUAUUGUGACGAUAUCAAAAGAAAGAACAAACCUAUUAUUUUGUCACACCACAUGUUACCUGGAUUACAGCAAGGACAGGACAAGAUGUCUAAAAGUGACCCAUCGUCCUCCAUCUACAUGGAAGACGACGAGGCUGAGGUGAAUUUGAAGAUAAAGAAAGCUUACUGCCCUCCAAAGAUUGUGGAAGGGAAUCCAUGUCUAGAGUACAUUAAAUAUCUUGUUUUAGCCUGGUUUCACGAGUUCACUGUGGAGCGAGGUGAACAGAAUGGUGGGAACAAGACCUACAAAAGCUUUGACGAUUUAACCGCUGACUAUGAGAGUGGGGAUCUUCAUCCAGGCGACCUUAAACCCGCCUUAUCAAAGGCAUUGAAUAAAAUACUACUGCCUGUUCGAGAACAUUUUAAGAAUGACAGUAAUGCAAAAGAACUCCUGAAAAGGGUCAAGGCUUACAGAGUAACAAAGUGAUGUUGACAAUGGAGCUUUGAAGAUUUUGCCUCCUCCCCUUUGCUUACUGUAACUGGAUUUUAAAGAAUGAAAAAGAAAAGGGUUUGAUAUUUGAGAUUGUAGUGAAUUUAAAAUAAUAAAAUGCUCAGCUAUUUAGACUAACAUAUUUAUUCAGCAAGUAUAAAUAGUAAAUAUCAAAUUGGCUGAGUUAGCUUUUACUACUUUGUUUGCUGUACUUCAUUUUAUUUUACCUGAGAAUUUCACCAGUUUGGUUUGUUUCACAGAGUUUAUGAAUGGCACAUGUCUCUUUUCUAAA